AUGUACGCCAGGCGAGCGCUCGCAGUCCCGAGACGCCCUAUUGGGCAUGCCCCGGGGAUAGUUAGGCGUCUCGUGCGUCUCAACACGACGAUGAGCUCGUACAGGCCCACCAGGGGCGUCGUACCACCGUCUGGUGUUUAUCUUGUGCUGUGGUUGGACCCAGUCAAGACGGUGCAGCACUUUGACGACCCUAAUCUGCAAGCGGCCGCGCGCCAGCUGUCUCCUGGCAAAAUUCUGAUAUUCCUAUAUCCGAUCGCCCAUGGUAUCGGUGUCUCGUACGAUUCGUUGGACUGGAGCGUCGAUUAUGGCGAUGCCUGGGAGAUAUCCGUGGUAGACAGGCAAGAGCAUCGUUGUUAUAUGAACGAGGACCAGCGGAAGCGCAACAUCCUUAUUGAGCAAGCUAGUCCACCGGCGAAGAUCGAGCUUGUACCAUCGACGCCUGGCAGCAUAGUUGAAGUCACGUCAGAUACUGUUGUAGACGCGAAUGGAGUCGUAAAAGUGGAAGAUUGGCUCAAAACAACGGGUCACAGCCAGGAGCCUCUCGAAGAAUUGGCAGCGGACAAUGAUAUUAGUUCUGAAGUCUCUGGUGACGAUACUCCCGACUCGCUGCCCGACGAUGAUGUCUCGCCUUCCACGCCCUAUAGCGACGAUGACGCCAACAGCAUGGAUACCGUUGACCUGUUUUUUGAGAGCCUUUUCGCCCCCAAUUUCUCGCACAUCGACGUCGACGUCAUACCUUUGGUUGACUUUUCGUUCGACCUGACCGAGGUCAAAGAAGUCCUGGAUCCACGUGGUUUCCUGGAGGAGGUGGAGGCCAUGGCCGAACUCAUUCGGAGAUUCCGCGCAGGCAUGCUUAUUGACGUCCCCGACUCCCAUGCUCUUCCAGAUCAUCCUAUGGUGUCCCAUCCGGAUGACCAUACAAUUUCUCUAGAUAUCCCGACGACGGCUUCUCCAGCUGACCCCUCGUCGCAGCUUCCUACCAACUCCAUAGUGGCUCUUACCAGCCACCCAUAUGGAAGCAGCACGGGCACCCCUCGCUACGCCUACUGA